GACUCGGCCGGUCACCUGACCGAGUUGUGUCGCUGUCUGACGGGGGGAAAAUGGCCGCCCAUCUGUCGUAUGGAAAAGUGAAUUUAAACAUUUUAAGAGAAGCUGCACGAAAAGACCUCCGGGAGUUUUUGGACAAAUGCGCCGGGAGUAAGGCCAUUGUGUGGGAUGAAUAUCUGACUGGACCAUUUGGGCUGAUAGCUCAGUACUCUCUACUGAAGGAACAUGAAGUGGAAAAGAUGUUUACUCUGAAGAGCGGCAGGCUCCCCGCUGCUGACGUCAAAAAUAUCAUCUUCUUUGUGCGUCCCCGACUGGAGCUCAUGGACAUCAUCGCUGAGAAUGUGUCCAGUGAGGAUAAGACGCGUUCGCCGCAAGACUUCCACAUUCUGUUUGUGCCUCGGCGGAGCAUGCUGUGUGAGCAGCGGCUGAAGGAGCAGAACGUGCUCGGCUCCUUCAUCAACAUCGACGAGUACAUCCUGGACCUGAUCCCCUACGACGGUGACCUGCUCUCCAUGGAGUACGAGAGUGCUUUCAGGGAGUGUUACCUGGAGAACGACCAAACGAGCCUUUACCACACAGCCAAAGGCCUCAUGACGUUACAGGCUCUGUACGGCACCAUCCCACAGAUAUACGGGAAAGGGGAAUGUGCACGGCAUGUCGCCAACAUGAUGCUGAGGAUGAAGAGGGAGUUCGCCGGAAGCCAGAAUCAGAUCCUGCCCGUGUUCGACACCCUGCUGCUGCUGGACCGCAACGUGGACCUGCUCACGCCGCUGGCCACGCAGCUCACGUACGAGGGCCUGAUCGACGAGAUCUAUGGAAUCAAUAACGGUUAUGUGAAGUUGCCGCCGGAAAAGUUUGCGCAGAAAAAACAGGGCGAAACGAGUAAAGAUUUACCCACGGAGCCCAAGAAGCUGCAGCUGAACUCGGCGGAGGAACUUUACGCUGAAAUCCGGGACAAAAACUUCAACGCCGUCGGAGCAGCGCUCAGCAAGAAAGCCAAGAUCAUCUCUGCUGCCUUUGAGGAACGACACAACGCCAAAACCGUGGGAGAAAUAAAGCAAUUUGUGUCGCAGCUUCCUCACAUGCAGGCGGCGCGGAGUUCACUGGCAAACCACACGUCUGUCGCCGAGCUCAUCAAGGACAUCACCACCUCUGAGGCCUUCUUUGAUAAUCUAACAGUGGAGCAGGAGUUCAUGACGGGAGUCGACACUGACAAGGUGAACACGUACAUCGAGGACUGCAUCGCUCAAAAGGAUCCACUGAUAAAGAUCGUGCGUCUGGUGUGUAUGCAGUCAGUCUGCAACAACGGCCUCAAGCAGAAGGUGCUCGAUUAUUACAAGAGGGAGAUUCUACAGACCUACGGUUACGAACAUAUCUUAACGCUGAAUAACCUGGAGAAGGGAGGUCUUCUGAAGCCACAGACGAGCUCAAGGAACAACUACCCCACCAUCAGGAAAACCCUCAAACUGUGGAUGGAGGAUGCCAAUGAACAGAACCCCAAUGACAUUUCCUACGUGUACAGUGGUUACGCUCCACUCAGCAUCCGCCUGACUCAGGUUCUGGCCAGACCCGGGUGGAGGAGCAUCGAGGAGGUGCUGAAGAUGCUUCCAGGUCCACACUUUGAGGAGAGACAGCAGCUGCCUGCUGGACUUCAUAAGAAACGUCAGCAGGGGGAGAAUCGGACGACGCUGGUGUUCUUCCUCGGCGGGGUGACGUACGCGGAGAUCGCCGCGCUUCGCUUCCUGUCUCAGAUGGAGGACAGCGGCAUGGAGUACAUCAUAGCCACCACAAAACUCAUAAACGGUACGACGUGGAUCAAAACCAUCAUGGACCGGCCCGAGUCUCAGAUGUCCUGAAUCUGAAUCACCUGGACACAUCACGCGUCUCCAUCCGUCAGAAAACUCCGCUCCGCUGCUGUUUUUGUCUCCAAAUGCAGGUGUUUCACUCAUGUUUCACUCAUGUUUGACAGCAACACACUUUUUAAAGCUGCUGUUGUCACUCAUGUGUUGUUUUUGACUGUGUUACUAACUUAAAGGUCCAGUGUGUCUCAUUUACGAGGGUUGUUAUUGUAGCGCUGCGAAAUCCCAACACGAUCAUAUGCAACAUCUAAAACAGUGUUGUGGUCUAAUUCAACAACCUACAAAUAAAAUAUGUUUUGCAUGACAAAAAAAGUUUAAAAUAUUUAUAAAUACGAUUGAAUUAUGGAUCAUACUGCAGUCAAAAUAGUGGCUUUAUGAUUUUUCUGAUCAUAUCAUGCAGCUCUAUAACCUUCAGUGGAGACACUGUGGUGUAUAUAUGUAGAUACGACUAAAAUCCUUUCUUCUGUGGGUUUACAGCAGCUUUUCAUGCAUGAUGUUGCAUUAUUGCCAUCUACGGAAAAACUCCUACAUUACCCAGUCGCUCUUAUUCUUUCUCUGUCUCAUCUUCUCCUCUUUUCAGUCUCAUCCUCUCAUCUCGUCAGUCUCAUGCUUUCAUCCUCUCUUUUAACCCUCUUCUUAUCUUCAAAGUCUCAUUCUCUCAUCUCCUCAUUCUCAUCCUCUCAUCUCAGUCUCCUCUGCCUCACCUGUCUUCUAAUCCUCAUCUUAGUCUCGUCCUCUCUUCUCCUCAGUCUCAUCCUCUCAUCUGUCUUCUAAUCCUCAUCUUAGUCUCAUCCUCUCUUCUCCUCAGUCUCAUCCUCUCGCCUCCGUGGUCUCACCCUCUUGCCAUAAAAUCUUGUGAAUGUUAAAGAUUAAAAAUGCACUUUGAUGUUAAUAAUAUUGAAGUCAGUUUUCUGUUUAUUGUUGCUUUUGCCAACAUAAAAAACAAAACAAAUGUAAAUAAAUAGAAACCAAACAAUUGUUGGUUUGACGUGAAG